AUGGACCAAGUCCAGGAGCUUGUCCUCAACCCAUUAAAACCCUACCUGAUCCCAAUCACUCACAACCUACCCGCCCCGAUCAAUGACCUUGCCAUCAACCUCCUCGGCGAAAGCUGCCACAGCGCCCUCCUCCUUGACCUCGAUUUCGCCUCCCAUCCCGAAUGCGUUUCCCUGGCCAUAUCGAAAGCCUUGGGCAUUGUCAUCAUCACCGCGGCAUCUGUCGUGAAAGUCCCCCAAAUCAUCAAACUCGUCAAGUCCCAAUCCUCGGAGGGACUAUCGUUCACAAGUUAUUUGUUGGAAACAACCAGCUUCGUCAUAUCCCUGGCUUAUAACAUGCGCAAUGGCUUUCCAUUCAGCACAUACGGCGAGACCGCACUUAUCGCCAUUCAAGAUGUGGUGAUUAGCGUGUUGAUUCUGGUCUAUUCGAAGAAGAGCGCGCAGGCGGGCGCCUUUCUAGCGGCUUUCGGUAGUGCCGUGUAUGCGCUCAUGGUCUCCGACACACUUGUCUCGAAUGCACAAAUGACCAGUCUGCAGGCGGGUGCUGGUGCCCUGAGCAUCGCUAGUAAGCUGCCACAGAUCCUCACGAUCUAUAGCCAGGGUGGAACAGGCCAGUUGUCUGCGUUUGCCGUCUUCAACUACUUGUUUGGCAGUCUCAGUCGAAUCUACACUACAAUUCAAGAAGUGGAUGACAAGUUGAUCUUGUACGGAUUUAUUGCCGGGUUUGCGUUGAACGCGGUUCUAGCAGCCCAGGUGGUCUACUAUUGGAAUAGUCCGACGACCGCAGGGCACGCAAAGGAGUUGACCAAGAACGGACAGGGGGGACUCAAGGGUGUUGGACAAAAAGGGAGUGCCGCAACGGCCACUCAAGAGGCGGCUAGACUGAGUCCUGGCAAAGCCCAGGGCACUGCAAGACCGAGCAGCAGCAGCGGAAGAAGAAGAGGAUGA